UACUUUCUUACUUCUAUACCUUUUGAGUUUUGAUUCAGCCUUCAAUAUGAGCAGUUCAAGAACGGAUUACACGUUUGAGGAUGUAUUGGCGUAUGUAAAGACAGUAAGAUUGGUGUUUGAAGAUAAGAUUGGAAAGUUUGACGAAUUUGUCAGACUCAUACGUGAUUAUGAAGCCAGAAGAAUUGAUCUAGAAGCUGUCAAAGAAGGAGCGAUAGAGUUGUUUGAAGAGCACAAAGAUUUACUUUCAAGAUUCAAUAUCUUCUUGCCAGGAAACGAAAUCUCACUUCCAUUGGAUGAUGAACAACAAGGUGAUGAUGAUGAACUAGCGGCCCAAGAUGAAAAACAAGGUGAUGAUGAGCAGAAAGAUAAUGAUCAACAAGGUGUUGACGAUGCAUUUGCGGCCAAAAAUGAACAGAAAGAUGAUGGUCAACAAGGUGAUGGCGAUACAUUAGCGGUGAAAGAUGUUGAACAACAAGGUGAUGGCAAAGAUGUUGAACAACAAGGUGUUCCUCGUAACUCUAAAAUGUUAACCUUGAGGUUCAUUCCAAUGCCUAUCAGAAAUCAACCAAAUUUUACAAUUCGGAACAUACAUUCGGGAACUAAAGUCUCCGAUAUGAAGAAAUUCCUUGAACUUCACGUGAGAAACGCUGUACCGCGAGACGGCAAAUUCUUUUUUAUCCACAAUCGUCGAGUAAUGUAUGAGAAUCUAUCCUUUGAGAUGCAUGAUGCUCGGACUGGUGACAGGAUUGAACUAUUUGAUGGGGUCAUCAUCGCAGGCGAUGAUUAGGAUGAUAGAUUUUACUCUGGUGUGGCCGUUUGAUUACAAUUGUUUAGCAUUUUUAGAAUUCUUUUAGUCAGAUUUCAAUGUAUAAAAAGUAAAUGAUGUUUGAUUACAUUCAUGUGAGUA